AUGUUUUCAAUCUGGGGCUUUCUUGUAUGAGUUGGAGCAAUUAAAAUCGUUUAUUUCUUGCUCAAAGAGAGCUAUUUUAGAAUCUGGCGGAAAAUAAAUAUUGACGAUUAUAAAUACGGAUGAGUUGUAAUUACAGGUGCAUCUGAUGGAAUAGGAAAAUCUUUAGCCUGAAGAUUUGCUGAGCAAGGAUUUAAAGUAAUUUUAAUUGGAAGAAAUCCCGAAAAGCUAAAAGUUGUAUCAGAAGAAAUUAUUAAAAGAACUGGAAAUUUGGAUGUAAGGUAUAUUGUUUCCGAUUUCAAGAAUUCUCAAGAUGACCAAGAAAUAUUUUACAGAGAAUUGAUAGAGAAGCUCAAAGUCUUCAAUGUUUCAAUUCUGAUCAAUAAUGUAGGAGUCGCCCGCUUCAGCUUCUUGAGUAACCAAGAAAUGACAGAAAUCGAAGAAAUGAUUAAUACAAACAUAUAUCCUCAGACCUUAAUCUCAUAUUAUUUAAUCCCAAUUUUCGCAAAAAGAUAUAAAGAACUGCGCACUAAAAGUCUAGUCAUUAAUUUCUCAUCUCUUAUAGAAGAAUAUAUCGUUCCUGGAGCAGCUGUUUACUCACUCCCCCCCUCCGUGAGUGAACAAAACCAUUAGAAAAAUCGCUAUUUUUUGCCCAAAAACCCACCCUUCGUGAGUGAACAAAAAUUUUUUUAAUAGAAAAAUUUUUUAUGGAAAAUAAUUUUGAUAUAUAAAUAAUAAUUAGUAUAAUGAAAUCUAGAGCUAAUUCUGUUUAAUUUUAAACGAAUUGCCUUUUAAAACAUAAAUUUUAUAAAUUAAAAUUAAUAUUUACUUUCCAAUUUUUGCGAAUUAGGAUUUUUUUAAAUUUCGAAAAAAAAAAAAUUUUAUAAAAUUUAUAUAUAAAUUUUUUUAAAAAAAAAAAUUAACCCCCCCUCCGUGAGUGAACAAAAUUUUUUUGUUCACUCACGGAGGGGGGGAGUCAGCAACAAAGCAAUAUAAUCAUUUUUUAAGCGAAGCUUUGAGUUAUGAGUAUAAAGAUUUUAUUGAUUUCGUUACAGUUAAGCCAGGCACUGUUGCAACAAAUUUAUUGAAAGAUGUGGAUCUUCAAGAUUUGCCUCUAAUAGUUGUCAAUGUCGAUGAGUUCACAACUAAUUUAUUAAAAAAUCUACAUGCAGGGAUAAACUAUGGGCACUGAAAGCAUGCCAUUAUAUCAUAUACAUUAGGCUUUGUGCCUUAUCAGCUUGUCACUGCUCUGCUGCAGCUAUUUAUGCCAUUAAUUAUAAAGCUUAGGCUUAUUAAACAAUAA